UAAAAUACUUAUUCAAUUUUCCAGGUAUAAGUUGUAAUAACUAAGAUCGUAAUUUUCCAAGUCUAAAAACGGACAAUUCAUAAAACGGCUGAAGGGGGUCGUCCUGCCGUUAACAUUAAUUUCCAUUAUCAGGAAGGAACGAUUAUUACUGAAGACAACGUCGGGCAGAGGACGGAUGUUCACGCCGCGAAUAUUCAUCAGAUUGUCGUCCCAACAGCGGGAAACUCUCAAUCUGAAGAUACUCAGCCGGACACGCUGCAACAUGAUUCGAUUUCAGCAGAAGUUCUCAAAGAAUCAGAGGAAGACAAAGUAAAAAGUUCAAGUUCUGACAGAGGAUUGAACGAUCAGACAACUGCCCCUCGUGACGUCACUGAUAACAUCGGAAGAAUGAAUCUGACUGAAGGAAUGCAUUUCGUCACAUCCGAGAAUCUACGACGAUUGAUUAACAAAUCCGAGUUCUCGAAAGCGCUGAAUAUUUUACAAGAUAUUUCAAUUUCUCAAGAACAACAAUUCAUGAUGUCAGAAUGCUACUGUCAACUUGGGAUACCGGAUAAAGCCUUGAGGUGCAUUGAAGCGUUACAAUCAAUAAUGACGUCGUCGCCAAAACCUAGUGUAGAUGACGUCAUCAAAUUAGUUGAAAAUUACAUUGCUGAUUCGUCUCAUAUUCGUGCGUCGAUUUUACUUUCUUGUUGUGCUAUGUUGUAUAAGUUCGAUUCGAAUCCGAAUAAUUCGGUUGUUGGGAUUAGGGAUUGCUCAUUGAAAUGUCGUGAGCUGAUCGAAAAGUUGGUUGGAAAGGGGGAUAAAAUGAAAGUGAUUGCAAGAGAUGUUGGUUUAAAAAUAAUCACUGAUAUGUUGAUGGAGUUGAAAUCAGUAUCAGGAGCUGAUAAGAAUACGAAGGCGAAUAUGGAGGCGAGAUGCUUGAUUAAUGUUGGUGUUAGUUACGUUAAAGUUGGUAAAUAUAAAGAAGCUAUCGGGUUUUAUAGUGAAGGUUUGGAUUUGAUGAAUCAAACGUUUGGUUCGAACGCUGAAAAAUAUAGAGUGUUUGGGGUUAAACAACAUUGGUUAUGCGUAUGAUUAUCUCAAAGAUUAUUCCAAAGCUGAAUCGUUUUAUUUGCAAUCUCUGGAUGGGUAUAAGAAAGUUGAGGACUGGUCGAAGGAUAAGGUGAAACGGGAAAUGAUAAAAAAUACAAAAACAAACUUGGAAAUCACGCGAAAUAAAAUUAGUCUCCGCUCUUUCAGAACAAUAUUUCAUUAGUAGUCGUAGUGAUCAUAUCUUAACAAUAUGUAGAAUGUAUAAAUAACUGUUGAUUUGGGAACUGUAUAUAUUUCUUGUGCAUUGUAGCGAAUCGUCCAAUGAAUUUUAUAUCACGUGAUUACCUGCGUUUCUCUGUUUUGUUAUAUCAAUUAAAUGAAUAUCAAUGAAUGAGACUUUAG